UUUCAUACCACAAAAACGCAUACUUCUCGUGAUUUAAUGAAACUCUCGUCGUAUUCCGACAUUUACUGUAUAAUGGCACAACUUUUAAAGUCUGCAUUCAGCCUGGAUUGAUCACGUUUAGCGACGCAAUAACACCUGCAAAUGAGGAACUUCUCUUGUGGCUGUGCAGCUUCACCUUACUUCCCAGUAAAAUAUGCCUCAAUGGUUUGUAAUUUAUUGUACCGUUAAUUUGUUUCGUCUGGAAAUGAGAAACUCGCUCAAUGUAGUCUCGCUGCUGGUAGUUUUUGUAUUUUUACAGAAAUACAAUGCAGCCACUUCCUCGAAAAUGGACCGAGAUACCAAUAACUUCUGCUUCUGGAGGAGCUCCGCCGCACAUGGCGCUCGAUACAGCUUCCUCCGAGAAUCGGCGGGGGUGCAUGCCGUCAGGUUGCUGCAGCUCUAUCAAAGCACAUGGACUGAGGAACAGCGACUUGUGGAGUGUGUUUUAAGUGACCAUCCCUCUGUCACUGGCAGCUACAUGUCUCUUUGCCGCGGAGAACUCGCAGAUGAAUUCAGUGAUGAAACGGACGAUCGCUUUAACAUCAGCCAGCUCCUGAUACCUGGGGGCCCCUGCGGUACAGUGCCCGCCAAUGACCCGCUGGACUUACAGGUCACACCUUCCCAGACGGCUCCGACACUCCGGCGCCACAAGCGAUCUUGGAUUUUCCCCGGAACACUCUGGUGUGGCACAGGGAGCAAGGCGGUGGGCUUUGGCGAUUUAGGCGUGUUUAACCAGACGGACCAGUGCUGCCGUGAGCAUGACCACUGCGAACACACCAUUGCCCCCUUCAGGGUCAACUUCGGCGUCUUCAAUCACCACUUUUUCACCGUGUCACACUGCAACUGCGAUCGCAGGUUCCGGCAGUGCCUGCUGGAGGUGAAUGACACCGUCUCACACAUGGUGGGCUUCAGCUUCUUCACCAUGCUCAAGGUCCCCUGCUUCAGACUGACCAGGAAGCCGUACUGCACCCAGCUCAGCUGGUGGGGAGCAUGUAAGCAGACCCAGGUGGCUCCAUUUGCGGUCUUCAGAAGUCCUGCCUUGUACAAUAGCAUGCACCUGCCCCGCAGGCAUGAGAGGGUGGGUGUUCCUCUCGUUACUGCAGCUACGGCUGGAUUCCAGAGCACCACCUGCUCCCCAGCCACAGUCAUCCAGAACACUUCACACGCCUCGACUGAAGCCUGCCAGUCACUAGGCCUCAGGCUGAAAUCAUCAAACAUCUCGCCUCCCACAAUUAUGGUCGGCCCACUGACAAGACCGAGGAAAAAAUCCUCUAAAACUAAAAAUACCCCACCUACCUGGGCUAUACAUAUUCAAACAGUGGGCCCCAGGCCAGAACCAUCAAAAAACACAUCACCUGCAACAACUACGAUCAGCCCAUUGACAGACUUUGGGACAAACACAGAGGACAGCAAAUAUGCCCCGCCUACCAGAGCCUCAGCUGGCAAAUCAGAAGGCCCCAGAUUGAAACUACUAAACCAACCAACCACUAAACCUAGGAAAACAUCAGGUACCAAGAAAAAACCCUCCAAGAGUACCCCACCCACCAAAACCAGCCAAAGUCUCAGGACAAAACUAAAUAAAACACCCAGCAGUGAUAAAGCCAGCCCAUUGGCAGGUUCCAAGGACAAGCCUUCCAACAAAAUGUCAGUGGCUCCAAAUACAACCAGCAAACUAACGAGCUCCAGGACAAAAAUCCCCAAGAACUUUCUAACUACCAAAAAUUCAACCAGCCAAUCAGCAAAUCUCAAGACAAAACAUCCCAAGAACUUCCAACCUAUCCAAAUUGCAACUGCCCGAUCAACGCGCUUCAGGCUAAAAGAUCCCAAGAACAUCCCGCCUACCACAACCAGCCAAUCAACACACUCCAGGGCAAAGCAUUCCAAGAACAUCCCAGCAACCAUAACCAACCAAUCAAAAUGCUCCAGAGCAAAGCAUCCCAAGAACAUCCCACCAACCAGCCAAUCAACAGACCCCAAGAUAAAGCACUCUAAGCGACCAGUAGGCUAUGGCCAAAAGGACCCACCUCGAGGGGACAACUUUAGAGGCCCUAGGAGAAAGGGGAAGGACUCUGGCAGGAGAAAGCGAAAGAACACUUGCAUGAAGCUCUUAGUCUCAUCCCCGACACAGGGGCCCACCCUGAAAAGCACACCUGUGAUAGAUCUCACAUCUCUCCCCAGAAUCCACAACCUCUUGGGUUCCGCAGAUGGUAUGACUGUCACACAGCCCUGGACCCCAAGUAAUGGCUCCUCUGAAAGACACAGUGCAGAAAUCAGGCACAAAGACAGACUGCAGCUUUGUGAAUACUACAGGUCCCUAGAAGAGUGCAGAUACAAGAUCCUCCCCCAGGAAAGGCAAUACAUGCUGUUUAAUGCAGAGGCUAAGGUGCUGUACCACUGUAACUGCAUUCACAGGCUGUAUCGGGAACUCAGAAGGGUCAGAUACCCCAUGGACACACACAUGUUGCUGCUUCUGGAGUCGCUGUCUCCAUCAUGCUUUGUCUUCAAAGACUGCCCUGAGCACAGUAUCUCCCGCUGCCCAGCUUCCCUCUCCCAGGUGGAGAAGUUCAUGCUGACACUGGAUACGAAGAAGCACAAACAGGGUGAGAAAAGUCUUGAAGAAGCAGCCCCCACAGUCAAGAAAGAUAAGAUAAGGAAAUCUCUGAGGAGGAGCGCCUCCUUCAGGCUACACAACAAAUGUCUUCGAAUUACAGACUUUCAUGAAUAAUGCCUUUGGAAAUAUUUGAGUAUAUCAAGCAAAAUUUUAAACUUAAGCAUGUUUUUAAAUGUAAAUAAGUUAUUUUUUAUUUGUAAACGUAGGAUAUAGCUGGUAUGCCUAUUACUGUUGUAUUUUUUAAAACCAAGCAUUGUCUAUAAUUAUAAUUCAUUGUGUGUUAUUUAUUUCUACAA